AGGGUAGGGGACCGUACAUAUAAAGGAGAGAGCCCCAUGUUCCGGGGGCCCAGUACCGUUCAAAGAUGCAGGUUGGCGGGACGCUGUGUGGUACCAGGGCCAUCUCCCUUCUGAUAUUCCUGGUACCUCUCAUUGAUUAUGCCUAUUCGAGUCCCCUUCAAUAUUUACCCAAUAUUCCGGGUUACGUCCCUGUUUAUAUAAGAUAUGGAGAUGAACCGUUGGACGAAAUAAAUUCCGAUUUGGCUGAGGCUUUUGGAGAAACGUCAAAUUCUGCUAAGAGUUUGCAGAAGAUAGAUCACACAUUCGCUCACGAGUCUGACAGUCUCAAAGAUGAAGAUAUAAAUAAGUUUUUGGAAGAUUCAGAAACGAAGCAUGCUUACCCACUACAUGUUAGAGAAGCGAAGAGUCUUUCAUUUGCCGCUGCUAACGACGAUGAACCGGGGAACCCUAACAAACCAAAACUUUUAACUAUCUAUGAAUUACCUGAUGAUAAUGAGAGCAGACCACGUAGACGUUAUCGAGGGAGAAACAGGAUGAAGAGUUGGAAACCGCCUGCUUUUAAAGUCAGCCCACUCUCUGAUGAGGAAAAAGAAGAGCUGGAAAAAUUAGCGAUCGAAGUUGAAAAAGAAGAGACCAAACCGAAUGAAUUCUACGUUCCAAAUCCUAAAUAUUCCGAAGUAUCAUCUGAUAGGACACACAAUUUUGUCGCACCGAUAAAAGUGCAGGAUAUGCUCAGCGAAUCUUUGACAGAUCUAUCGGAAAUUGUUGAAGUCACAGAUCUUUCGAAACCCUCGGAUCAUCACGACAAUGAUGUAUCCGAAAAUGAUAAAAAAGAACCGCCCAUUAAGGAGCAACGUCCAGCCACGGUCUUGGCGAAUGUAGAUAAAGUUUCGCCUAUCAAUUUGCCAGAUAAAAGCGAAACCGGUAAAGAUACAACAUCGGAAGCUGAAAAAGAGAAACUGCUUAUUAAGGAAACAGAUCUGCCAAAAACUCCUCAAGUCACAGAGCUUUCGAAAUCUUUGGACGAUAAUAUUGCUGAAUCUAGAGUUGGUAAAAAAGAACCACCUAUUAAGGAGCAACGUCCAGCCACAAUUUUGUCGAAUGUAGAUAAAGUUUCACCUAUCGAUUUGCCAAACGAAAGUAAAACUAGUGAAGAUAAAACGAAAGACUCUACAAAACCAACCGAUGAAAUCGCGACGGAUUCAUAAUUUAUAUAUAUAUUUGUUAUAAUAAUACCAGAUAUACAAGACCAUCCGCGUUCUUUUCCCAGAUUCUUUAAACAAUUCAAAUUUCUCUCGAUAAGUUCAUAAGGAGAAACACUUGUCGCAAUGUCUUAAUUUUUAGUAUUAAAUUGAAAUUAAAUUAUAGAAUUUAAUUUUCGAUAUAAUCACACUAUAAUUAAACUUCCCAUAAAAUUUAUCAUAAAGAAUCUAUAUUCGUUAAAGAAAUUUAUAGUCAAAGAAAAGUAUGAUUGAUCAUGUACAUCGCAAAGCAAGUCAUGAGUAGAAAUCAUACUUAAAAGCAUUUUUAUGAUUUUAGUUUAGAUUAUGUAUGAAGAGAUGACUUGUUUAUGCUGUCGUAAAGAAUAUUUCAUCGCAUAAUGAAUAUUACAAUUUUUUUGAUGGCUCCAAUCGCUUUUGAGCUUGUAAAGUUUUUUUACGUAUUGUAUUAUAAAUUAUGUUAGUUAUACAACCGUCGUGUGUAAAGUUAUUUUAGAAAUGUUUCUAAUAAAAUCGUUAUUGCAGUUAUUCACAAUAGUGAAUAAAAAUUCAUAUACAUCA